GAAACAGAUGGGGUCUCUGUGAGUCAGAGUCAACUCAACAGGAACAGUUUGUUUUUCUGUUUAUAAAAAGAAGACACUGACAUUCUUUGUGCAGAGGACCCAGAUAUGAUUGAAUAAAAUAAACCUGGUAGCUAAACAUAAGGUGGAUUGCAGGUGUGGGGUAAUACACAAGUAGGGUGGCCUUGGAUGGAAUGGGAAAGGGCAUCAACUUGAUUUGACUACUGACUGGAUGUGGGCUACAAGAUGGAAAUGGGGAAUGUUUUGAUAGGGAAGAUAACAACUUCAGUUUUGAAUCUUUUAACUUGUAUUGGCAGGAACUCCUGAUAGAGCAGUCAAGCAGAUAGUUAAAAUGCAUCACUAGAGAGGUAAAGAUGUCAAAAAUGGAGUUAAUGGCUUUGAAUAUCAUUUGCAGAGGUGCUAGGAUUGGAUGAAUGUGUCAUUACUCUGAAUUAAAUUAUAGCAGCUUUACAAAUGAACGUUACAGUGAAGGAAAUGUUUAUUCACCUAUUCACCUAAUUUGGAACGUGUAACACUUGCAGUUAUUAUAAUGAUAUUAAUACAGUAUAAGGAAUUUGACCCUUUUUUCUCUUUUUAAAAUUAUUGUGGAAACAGAUAUGGGAAAGCAAAACCACCAGAAGGAGUGAUGAUCAGCGAUCUCAUGGUAAAUCUGGAUGUUAAUUCACAUGUCUCAGGACAUCCAGUUGGGAACGACAUACCAGCUCCUGAGAUCAGACUUUCAUCCACUUAAUACCCUUGUUUGCCUGAACUACUAAAGCCAGCUGACCACGAAUGGCUACUCAAAGGAAACACUUGGUGAAAGAUUUCAAUCCUUACAUCACCUGCUAUAUUUGUAAAGGGUAUCUGAUCAAGCCAACUACGGUGACAGAAUGCCUCCAUACCUGCCCUGGAGCUGCAUGGCCUGGGACUGGAUGCCAUCUCUGCCACCAGCCGGACAGCUGUGACCAGCCUGCUCACGCUGUCAGUAGUCAUUUGCCAAAAGAGGAUGUCUGUAAGACUUGUAUUGUCCAGCACUUUGAAGAUAGCAAUGAUUGUCCAAGGUGUGGCAACCAAGUUCAUGAGACAAAUCCAUUAGAAAUGUUGAGGUUGGAUAAUACCUUAGAAGAAAUUAUAUUUAAGCUGGUUCCUGGACUACGAGAACAAGAACUUGAGCGUGAAUCUGAAUUUUGGAAGAAAAAUAAGCCUCAAGAAAAUGGACAAGAUGAUACUUCAAAAGUUGACAAACCUAAAGUAGAUGAAGAAGGUGAUGAAAAUCAAGACGAUAAAGACUAUCACAGAAGUGACCCACAAAUUGCUAUAUGUCUAGAUUGUUUACGUAAUAAUGGACAAUCAGGGGACAAUGUAGUAAAGGGUUUAAUGAAGAAAUUCAUCCGAUGCUCUACGCGUGUAACUGUGGGAACUAUUAAAAAAUUUCUAAGUUUAAAACUAAAACUUCCAAGUUCUUACGAGUUGGAUGUGCUGUGCAAUGGUGAAAUUAUGGGAAAGGAUCAUACUAUGGAAUUCAUCUACAUGACAAGAUGGCGACUAAGAGGCGAAAACUUUCGGUGUCUGAACUGCUCAGCUUCGCAAGUCUGCCCUCAGGAUGGCCCUUUGUAUCAGUCAUACCCCAUGGUAUUGCAGUAUCGACCAAGAAUUGAUUUCGGUUAGACCAAGGGGCCUAGAUCCCACUGAGAUGAAUCCUGCACUCUUUGUUUACUCAUCGACAGAUUGCACAAAGAACAGUGUGUGGACUAGAGGGACACAACCAGAUUUUCAGCAUGCAAAUAAGGCCAUUGUCUGUCUCUCAAUUGUCAGUUGCAUCUAUGUUGUUUCUAUUAAGAGCAAACCAAGUGCCAUACUCUGCUACUGAACUGUCUGCAGAAGGUAUCUGUGCCGUCUCACACAGCGCGUCCCAUUGUUGAAGUUGGUUAGGUGUGCAGCCAUGAUUCAGCUUUCGGGAUAUUUUGCUUGCCUGUACCAAGAUUGUUCUAAUGUUUGAUUACACUAAUAAAAUGGCUCAAUCUUUGUGGUGUUGCAGUUUUCACAUACUUACUAUUUUAUUAAUUCUUGUUUAAAUGGAGUACUAUACAAGAAACUAAUAUCUUGAAAUUAUUUUGUAUGGGAAACGUAUUUAGAAAAGUGGUUUUUGAACCACUGUAUUGUUCUUGGUAAGCUUUUUGUGUACAAGAUAGUUCACUCUUGAGUGUGCAAAUCCUUUUGCAAAGAGUUCCAGUUAUUCUUUAACAUUAGAGCACAUCACGUUUGUAGACAUUUUAAGUUACCUGUCUGUGUAGCCCACCAGUUGCACAAGGAAGGCACGCUAGCCCUCCUGAUCGAAAACGCGUGUGACUUUUUGGAAAACUGAAGUGAGAUUCACAAUCAUAUGAAAUGCUGGCAGCUGAUCACAUUUACUUCUAAUAAAAUUAAUGUGUGAGUAAGGUUAAUCUUCUUUCAUGAUGCCUUAUGACAAGCGGGUGCUGCUUCAUGAAACUUCAUUGUGUAGCCCAUCUUAUGUAUACAUCAUCACAUCGUUGCUCUCAUUUACUGAAGACAUUGUCUCACUUUUUAAGUUGGCCUUAGGUGUGUGUCAUUGUGGCAUGCGGAAGGUUGUGAUGAUUUUAAAUAUUAGGAUUUUUAGAGCAGAUAACAUUAGCUAUUUUAUGGAUUUCAAAAGUCUCAAAGCAGUGGUAGAUUAAAACUGUUAGUUACCUAUCGUUAUUUCCAGACCACAUGCAUAAAAUAGAAUAAAUGCAAUAUAGUAGAUGAGUAUGCUAACCAAAAUCACUGGUUUGAGGAUAUUUCAUUGUAGAUCUGUAGUAAUCAAAGGGAAAUGAGAUUAUUGUUUUAUGUAUAAAUUCAUAAAGGUCAGAUCUGUGAUAAUGUCCUUGAUUUUGCAGUUUUGUUAAGUCUUCCAUUCAUUUUGGGAUUCAUCUGCAAGUCAAAGAAAGUAAACCUUUUAAAAUUUAUAACUGUUUUCAAAAACCUUCUUUGGAGAUAAGUUUUAAUUGCUUUGAAGCAAACAAGUUAACCUCUGAAACUUAGGAAAAAAUCUUAAAAGUUAGAAAGAGUAAUUGUUUUAGAAAUCUGACGUGAGCACAAUCUGUGUGUUACACACAUAGUUUUUAUACUGUAUACAUGGUGGAUGUGCUAUAUUUUCGAGUAAAAUGUAUCACAAAUUAAUGCCUUCGAAAUAUCAAAAUGUUUCUUAGAAAUAAAGCAUUGUACAGCUCUAAGAAACAUAUACCAAUACAGCUAAAAUUUUGAUGUAUUUCAUAAUGUAAAAGGCCAAAACUUCAUGAUUAUAUUUUCAUUGUAUCUUUUUUUUUAAGUCAAAAAGUCUGUAUUAAAGUUUUCUGUUUUUCUGAAUUUUGUCAAAAAGGUUAUGGCAAUACUUUUCCUAACUUCACUUUGUCAGAUUGUGUUUGUUCUUGGCAGGACUCACAAGGGGAUUUUAAAAGGCAGAUUUUUAACAGAUCUUUACACGCAACCAAAAACUCAGUAUACUAACUACCUAGCUACAGAAAUUAUUUUGUUAUGCUGCGAAACUCAGUUCCCUGACAUCCCUAAGAUAUUUAAUAUUUUAUUAUAAAUUUGUCACACAUAGGUCUGUGAAUAAAGAAUGUUUUACAUAUUAAAGUUAAUUAAUUUUAAUUCAGAAUGAAUUAAGAAUACAUUUUUAAAACCACGAAUAGGAAUUGGAUGUUUUUGGGUCCCCAGCCAAAACAUACAGCUUUAAAUGAGUUUUAUAUACAUUAGCUUUUUAAAUUUGGUCUGUUGCCUGAUUAUACAUAGUUGCAAUAUUUUUCCAAGGAAAUAUAUAGGAAGCGAUUAUAGAAUUGGGAAUAGUUUUAUAUAAAAUUCCUUUAUUUAAUGUUAAUGUGUUAGCAUUUUUAUUGAAAUGAAUAUGUGCCAAAACAUGUGAAAACCAUACACAGAGAAGAACAUCGAUUGUCAUUUGGGGAAAGGUACACAUUUAUAAUGGUCCUGAGCAAGUACAGUGGUACUAUUAGAACUGCUGAGCUUCCUCAGCCGACCUCUUUUGCUAUCUUCAGCUAUGACUUUCUACUACAAUAGACUACUUUCAUGUCUAGUAAUCCACUGAAUCCCCAUUAAUUAGCCGCUAAAUCAGAUUGUUGAAUUUGCAGGAAAUGAGCUAUAGAAAAAGUGUACAGGCAAUUUUUGUGGUUAACUUUAUAAAUGUAGGGUGCUUAGUAAGACAGAUUCUUUAAAUAACCCAUAGUAAAAAUCAUCCGAGUUUGUAAAAUUGGAGAAUAAAUAAAACUAAUUUUUUUCUUUAAACUGUUGUUUCUUAAGCAAUAAACUGAAAGAACGUGACUUCUGUAAAAGAUUUUGUAAUCUGUUUUUAUCUGCCUUAGAAAUCAUAGAUGUAAAAGGGUCAGUGAACUUGGGAUAUAAAAAAUGCCUGUGGUUUAUAGACAUCACUUUAAUUGAAGUAAAUCACAUCAUUUAAUAGGGAAAUCAGAAUAUGGCCUUUUCUCUAGAUGACCAAGAAGCUUUUAGGAAGAUUGAAAAUAAAACGCUUAUUGAUGAGGUAAUAGUUAUUCAUUCAGUCUGGGGUGGAGAUAACUUGAGAAGUGUCUUUUGACUACUUUUAGAAAGUAUGUUAUUUCUUUAUUCAUUGAAAAUCUAUUCCAUACUAAUAUUCCACAUUUGAUAAAUGUAAUGAGUAUGCUCAUUCAUACUACACUUUCAAAUAUAACCUAAAUUUAAGCUGAUUCUUUGAGAAAGAACUAGUUUUAUAUAGUAUUAUGAACUGUUUAGCUUUAUUGAAAAUAUUUAAGAGAAAGUGCCUCAUUGCUAAAGUGCAUUUCUGUUUUAGAUUUACUGCAUAAUUUUUUAGUUAUCUGUACCUGUCUCUUAUGAAUGGGUUUGUAUCUAAAUAAGCACUUAUAAAUUAAUCUCUUUUUAAAAGAUUUACAUAAGAAAAUAGGUAUCACCAAAGACAUUUUACUGUUAAUAACCAUGUCAGAGAAAGUUUUAACAGCUUAGAGGUUGGAAAAUUUAAUUGUAUAAAGCUAGGCAAUAACCUUGAUUGAUUGCUAAAAUAUUCACCAAAGAAAGACUUUAAACUGAAUUUUCUUGGUGAGAUCAGUCAAAUGCAGGAUUUUCUGGCAAUAAUCAGAGCACACUUUGUUUGAAGUAUGUUCAGUGUAUUUCAGCACCAUCUGACAGAUCUUGGGAAAUCCUUAACACUGAGAAAGAGAUCAACACAACAAAUAGCCUCCCUCUAGAUGAUAAUAGGGAGCCCUGGUGGUGCAGUGGUUAAGAGCUACAGCUGCUAACCAAAAGGUUGGCAGUUUGAAUCCACCAGCUGCUCCUUGGAAACCCCAUGGGGCAAUUCUACUCUGUCCUAUAGGGUCACUAUGACUCAGAAUCAACUCCCCAGCAAUGGUUUGUUUGUUUUUUUUAGAUGAUAACAAAUAGCCUCCCUCUAGAUGAUAAGUGAGUAAACUGUAUCCUUUGAAAAGAAAAUUGAAAUUGAGAUUUUAAAUUUUAAUUUGAGAAGCUUUUUAUUCCAUGGAAGCAGUAUAAACUUAAAUUGCAUUUAUUUUGUUCUUGGGUUCUUAGCUAUAUGAAAAAUUUUAUUAAAGAGAAGCUUCAUUAAAAUGUUGAUAUGCUUAUAUAGAAAAUAGUACAUCCUAUUGGACUUACGCGAAGUGCUUUUUCUGUAUUCAAAAGAAAAAUUUUACUAAGGGCCUGCCAUUUUGUUUUUCCUUCAAAAGCAACUCUGUCUUGUUUCUCGGCAAUUACUUUUAUUUUUACUAGAAUUUAUCCAUAACACCAGAUUUGGCAAAAUGGAUCACAGAACAAGAGCAUAUAUAUCAAGAGGGAGUUAUAUGCUCUCCCUAUAUGAUUCUCCUUAGGAGUCCUUGCUAUGGGCCACCUUAAAGGAAAACUCAUAAAGUCUUUCUGAUAGGUGACUAGAUAAACUUUCUUAGACAGGACAAAAAUGGAUGCAUACUCUAUUCCAUACUCUGGUUUAUCAUUAAGGAAUGUUCCCACUGGCUAAGCUUUAUGCCAGUAAGAUGUUGGUUGGUUGUAGGAACUUGAAAAAUGAAUGAAUUUGCCAUAACUUUAAUUUUCUGGAUUGGAAACAAAAAUUUGAAGUGCUGUUGUCAUUAUUUUAAGAUAGGUAUCUCUACAGUUUGGGGAGCAAUAGGAACAUAAUGUCUGCUGGGUCUGGUUUAUGAAAAAUGGAAAAACAUUACACUAUAGACAAACUUUUUUGAAGCACAAAAUAACCAGCCAUCUCUGGAUGUACUUGAUAUACCUAGGUCAGUAGUAUUUUGAUGGAAAACAUCGGAUUGAAAUGUCAUCAAACUGUACUUAAAUAUACAUUACAGGGUUUUUAUAGUUUUGUUCUUCUUAAAGCAAUGGCAUUUUCCAAUAAUUUAAAAGAGAUUCUCUUCCUAGUGUAAUAUAGUUUUCACAAAUAGUGUGUUUACUUGCUGUCCUUGUUGUAUUUUCAAAUAGAAUUAAAACAGUUGAGCAUUUCUUUUUCAGAAAGUUAUUAAAUUGAACAUAAAGAUAAUUAUUUUAAAUGCUCAUUAAAAUGUCUGUGUACAUUUACGCCCCAUUUUCUAAGAUUCAAAACAGACUGAUUUUUCAGAAAUGCUUUUUAAUUUUAAUUAUCUUUAAAUUCUGAAUCAAGUGAACACAUAUACGUUAAAUACUGGGUCUAGUCUUCUUCCAUUUUAUAGCACUUCAUGGAAUAAGAAACUAACCUAGCAUAAAUGAAGAUUAAAUAUUUCUGAAUAGUGUAGAGAUAGUAAACAGAUUUAUUUAUUCAUAUGCUUCACAUCAGUCCACUGAAGCAGGAGUUCUACACAUUAAAGAUGUAAUGGGAUCAGCCUAAAGUUGUUUGGAGUUGGUUUUCUUUUGCUAAGGAGCCCUGGUGGUGCAAUGGUUUAGCACUCGGCUGCAAACCAAAAGGUCAGCGGUUUGAACCCACCAGCCGCCCCACGGGAGAAAGA